AUGAAUGAUCCAACCUCAACGCCUCGCCAGAUCGUCCCAGGCCGACUACAGACUUCGCCGACCUCGCCGACCUCGCCGACCUCGCCGACGAGUCCGUGGAAGAAACGUGUAUCGACGGCAUGCCUGGCCUGUAAGAAGUCAAAGCGAAAGUGCUCGGGGGUACCCCCCUGCGACAACUGCCGCGCCUUCAACCGGGUAUGCAUCUUCGACGAAUCGCUCGACCAGCGGCGGCGCGUCGCGCAGAAACGCACCGCCGAGGAACUGAACUACCACCGGGACAUGCUCAACGAUCUCUUCCGGGUGAUCCGCACGGCGGACGAGCCUCACGCGCUCAAGCUGCUGGAGAUCAUCCGCAAGAACGCCACGGCGGAGGAGAUCCGCGCGUUCAUCGACGAGACGCUCAUCCGGCUGGACGGGGAGGGCCAGGCGGUGCAGCAGCUCGAGGAUGUGCGGCGGACGAUCGACGUCGAGGGCGCGGGCCCGUCCUUCCGGCGCAAGGUCAUGGAUAUCCAUUAUCUGUGUGACGAGGCGCCGUGCAAGGUGCCGGCCAAGCCGUGGACGAGCGUCACCGAAGAUGCGGAUCUGGUUUCGCAUCUUGUCUCGUUGUAUUUCACGUGGGAUUAUCCGUUCCAUGCGUUUCUGGACCGCGAUGUCUUCCUGGCGCAUAUGGCGAGUGGGCGGCAGGAUUCGGACUUUUGUAGUUCGUUCUUGGUGAAUGCGUUGUUGGCGAAUGCUUGCCAUUUCUCCGAGUUCUCGGAGGCGUACGUUGUCCCGGGCGACUUGGUGACCAAGGGCGCGGACUUUCUAUCUGAAGCGGAGCGUCUGAGGGAGGAAGAAUCCCAGAAACUCAGCUUGGCGUACCUCCAGGGGACGUUGCUGUUGUAUGAAAAAUACUCCAUUUCCGGGAACGAUGACCUCGGAUACAUCAUGCUGCACCAGGCCAUCCGGGCCGGCGAGUCUCUGGGUCUCUUUGGUCCGAAGUGCUUGAAAUUUGACCAGACCACGCCAGAGAUGGAUGUCUCUCUCAAGCGGACUGCCUGGGGGCUGUUCCAGAUCGACACCGUGGUGCAUACUGGCUUCCUCCGGCCCAGUCUCAUAGCCAAAGUCAACGUGAACCGCAUCGACCGAGAGGACGACAGAGCCAGCGUGUGGACGCCGUAUCCGUCUCACCGAGCUGCCCGACCGGCCUAUCUCAACCAGUACUUUGACGAGUCGUGCAAUCUGUGCGAGAUCGCGCGCGACAUUUCCCGGGUCCUGUUCGCCGACGACCAGAGCAAUGCGUCGGCCGCGUAUCGGCGCCAGACAAAGGACGACCUGUACGAGCGGCUGCGUCGCUGGCAUAACGCCUUACCGGACGUCUUCGAUCCCGGACGACGGCCACCGCCGCAUAUCAUCCUGCUGAGGCUGCGAUACUUUACCUUGGUCAUCAACCUGUUCUCAUGCAGUGCUUCCGAGGACGACUCCUCGAGCGUCGCGUCGGAUGCGCCCAAGACCCCUGAGAGCCCGCCGCGACAGAGUCCCAUCAACAAAUACAACGCCUGGGAGAUCACGCAGUCGGCCGCUCGGGGCAUCUCGGCGCUGACACGGCUCCAUCGGCGCGAGUACGGCAUGAGCCGGGCGCAUCACUUCGCCAUGUACGCGAUCAAUCUGGCCCUGUUCGCCAUGCUGGAGCAGGAAUCCUUUGAUAUCCUGGACUCCGACUUUCUAUCGCUCGCCAGCUCCUUCUCGAUCAUCGCGAGUCGGUCGUACCUCGGUCGGAGCCUGUUCCAUCUGUUCCGACAGUCGGUCCGGGCCAAGUCGCAGGGGCGCCGGAUUCGCCAGUCGAGUGCGGUGUCGGACGAGCUCAAGGAUCUGUUUGAUGAGGAGACCCCGAUGAAGGAGCAGACGCGCUGGGAUGAGUAUGCCGAGGGGCUACAGAAGCUGAACGAGGACGAGCGAUACCAUGGGCCUGGGGAGGGGGAACAGGGGCUACAGGACUAUCCGGGACUGGGACUCUUCGAUAUGCUGGAUCGCUACGAGAGCCUGAGUUUAGGAAAGGAUGAGAUUGUCCCUGAACGACGUAAGCCGAGUGAGUGUUGA